CAAUGUCAAAGGUAUUGACAAAUAAACAGCUGAUCCUAUAGUGGUAUAUAUACUCGCGAUUUUAGACGAAAUAAUUGAUAAUAUUUAAUCCUAACGGCAUGUAUUAAAUGAGCAAAUCAAUUAAAUAAUUCAAUAAAUCAGCACUGGAUAUGACUAAACAAGGAAGAAAGUCGGAAGCAGAGGUUUGAAUUUUUCGAAGUGCGCAGUGAUAGUGGCGUGAUGAACGCAGAAUGGAGUCGCAUGUGGGCGAGUGCGUCUUUCGUCGGCGUCCUCAUCAUAAUCGGCCUGCCUCUCUGGUGGAAGACCACAGAGGUUUACAGGGUGUCCCUGCCCUACGACAGGAUCAACACGUUCGACAGCGACGCCCUGAGUGUGGCCUCUGAGCUGACAGUGAUCGCCUUUGACGACACCACAGCCAAAGAGGUUGCGGGACUCGUCGAGAAAUCGUUCGAACAACAGAAGGUGCUAAACCUGGCCGUCAAUGUGGUCGUUGCGCCCCACAAGCUGCGACAAAGCUUGGACUCCAUCGCAGACGAUACUGAGGCCCUGGAGGAGGUCGCCACGCUCUAUGACGUCGACCAACAUAACACCUUCUUCGUGGUGCAGAGGAAAUCUCUGUAUCAAGACGUAUGGCUGGGCGGGGAGAGGAUAGCCUUCUUUAGGGAUGGAACAGCUGCCAGUACCCUAGUGGAAGUUCUCAUGCAGUGGGUUUAUGAGCCCAAGAUAUUAGAGGGUGCCCGCUCUGACACCGCGGAUCCGGCUCGAAGGACCAGGUUCCCACCAAGCACGGGGUACCACGUGGUGCUCUCCGUGGUACACCCCCGGCCUGACCUGAUGAAGGUGGACUUCGACGCUGGACAGGCGAUGGAAGAUUACAUAGGAUCGUUCGUGGAUGAGCUGAGCGAGCUCCAUAACUUCACUUUAUCAUCUCAGUGGCUGUAUUUAUUGGAUUUCGACUUCCAAGCUAAUGAGGUAAAAGACAGCAGCGCGUGGGGCCGGCACUUCGCCGUGAGGCAGGAGCGGCUGCAGCAGCUGCUGACGCGGCUGGAGGCGCGCGCGGCGGCGCCGGCGUCCGCGGCGCGCGCGCUCAACCUGGCGCUGUACGCCGUGCCCUGUCCGAGGGCGCCGCUGGCCGUCUACGACGAUCAAGGGAACCGCAUCCCCACCCCAGUGCAAGCGUUCAUCUCCCCCAAGUGGGGGGGCGUGUACCUCGCCAACCCUGAAGCGCCAAACUGCGAAGGGGAAGCUGAAUGGAAACCCACUGUGAGGUUGGUCAUGGGGACAUUUAUCACUCAGCUGAGGAAACUACUCGGCAUCACUGAUAAGCCCAGCAUACGCAACGCUGAGCUGUCCCCGCUGAGGUCAGUGACCCCGCGGCGCUGGGAGCUGGACAGCUUGCUCAGACUGCGCGCGCUGGAGCAGCUGGCCUCCGCUGAAGGCACUCUGCAGUCACUGGCUCAGCUGCUGGGCGAAAUAUCAAACAUAGUUAUCAACGACGAAGUCGGCGCCUCCAUCAACUCAGCAGUAGCGUCUAUCGAGAAGGGCUCGUUACAGCUGGCGAAAGGCGACCUUUUGGAGGCUCACAGGACAUCGCAGGAGGCCUACGUAGCGGCGGAGACGGCGUUCAUGGAGCCCAGUCUGUUGGCUCUGUUGUACUUCCCUGACGACCAAAAAUACGCCAUCUAUAUCCCGCUGUUCCUGCCUGUAAUGUUCCCGGUGAUCCUGUCGCUCAAGAACCUACUUUUAUGGCUGCGGGGCAAGCCCAAGGAGAAGGUUGACUGAUGUAGUACUGUUGUAAAAUAUAGACUGUAUUCUUAAUUUGACAA